AUGAUACAACCUCAUGCAUCCCAGAACGGCUACUCCCUGGCUCCGGGCGUCGAAUCCUCAUACUCUGACGACGUGCAACCCGACGUCCACGCAAGCGGAAAUGUUGAGACUGGUUCCCAAACGGCAGCGGACGUUCAUCUUGCCAGCACGGAGGAAAAGCGACGCUUGUGGUGGAGGAACGCGGUCAUUAAUGUGAUCUUCAUAGGGUCUUGGUUCUUGUUCGCCACGCUACUGUCUGUCUAUAAUAAAUGGAUGUUCUCUCCUGAUCACUUCGGCUUUCCAUACCCCAUGUUCGUUACAACAUUCCACAUGUUCAUUCAAUUUGGGCUGGCCGCCUGCCUCCGGCAUUUCUUUCCAGAACGAUUUAAGCCCGCUCUCUCCCCCAACAAGGAAGAUUAUGGUCGUAAGGCCGUACCAUGCGCUAUGACAACAGGACUAGACAUCGGAUUCUCUAACUUAUCUUUGAAAACAGUGACAUUAUCGUUUUACACUAUGUGCAAAUCAUCCUCGCUAAUAUUUGUACUUAUAUUCGCCUUUCUCUUCCGGCUCGAGCGCUUUUCCUGGCGUUUAAUUGGUGUCAUCCUCCUUAUCGUCGCCGGAGUCGUCCUCAUGGUCGCGACCGAGACGCACUUCGUUCUGGGCGGCUUCUUGCUCGUUAUCUCCGCUAGCGCUCUGGGAGGCCUACGGUGGAGUCUGACGCAAAUAUUGCUAAAGAACAAGAAAAUGGGUAUGGAUAAUCCAGCCGCGACUAUCUUUUGGUUGUCCCCGGUCAUGGGGAUCACGUUGCUGGUUGUCAGUGCGGUCAUCGAGCAGUGGUGGCCGGUCUUCUCCACUCCGUUCUUUGACGGACUGGGAGCGACGAUUUACACCGUGCUAUAUCUUAUUUUCCCGGGCGUACUGGCCUUCUGCAUGGUCUUGAGUGAAUUUUAUAUACUGCAGAGGGCCGGCAUGCUCCCUAUGUCAAUAGCCGGCAUCGCGAAAGAAGUCACGACGAUCUCGAUAUCAGCCUGGUUAUUCGGAGACGAACUCACGCCCUUGAAUAUCACCGGCGUGGCGAUUACCGUCUGCGGCAUCAUUCUGUUUACCUUCCACAGGUAUAGGAAAUCGAUCGAGUCCACCGUCCCUGUGGAUGCGCACGGCAAUCCAAUAGAAGAGGACGACGUAGAAACCGAUGAAGGGCGAGUCGGUCUUCUGCGCCCUAGCCAAGAUAUGCUGCACGGCGCUGAUCACGCUGCCAGAAGUAGUCACGAGCAUCCUGCGGUAUGUCAUUCUCUUAACACUGCACCACCGAAUUAUUCGGAAUUCUGCGCUCCGCAGUCCCGAUGA